AUGGAGGAAGUAAUACUCAAGAGGGCAGCUGAUCUGGUGGAAGCACUCUAUGGAAUGCCACAUAACAACCAGGAAAUAAUCCUGAAAAGAGCAGCCGAUAUAGCAGAAGCACUCUACAGUGUCCCUCGCAAUCAUAACCAGCUCCCAGCACUCGCCAACACAUCAGUCCAUGCAGGAAUGAUGGGUGUGAAUUCCUUUAGUGGUCAGCUAGCAGUCAACGUUUCAGAAGCCUCACAGGCCACCAAUCAGGGUUUUACUCGCAACUCAAGCAGUGUGUCGCCUCAUGGUUAUGUGCCAAGCACUACCCCACAGCAGACAAACUACAAUUCCGUCACGACAAGCAUGAAUGGUUAUGGAAAUGCUGGAAUGUCUAAUUUAGGUGGAUCUCCAACAUUCUUGAAUGGAUCUGCUGCCAAUUCUCCCUAUGCCAUCGUGCCAUCUAGCCCAACAAUGGCUUCCUCCACUAGCCUCCCUUCCAACUGCAGCAGCUCCUCUGGAAUCUUCUCCUUCUCACCAGCCAACAUGGUCUCAGCGGUGAAACAGAAGAGUGCUUUUGCCCCUGUUGUUAGACCGCAGACUUCCCCGCCCCCCACCUGUACCAGCACCAAUGGGAAUAGCCUGCAAGCUAUAUCUGGCAUGAUCGUCCCCCCCAUGUGAAAGAAUUGCCUUGAAGAAUCGUACUAAUGAAGAAGGUUGGAUUCUGCUUCGGAACAAAAUCUAACACAAGUCCCAGAGUGGAACUUAUAACUCAGGCCUUUUUUCUUUUCUUUUCUUUUUUUAAAGAGGAAGUUCACAAUAUCUGCAAAGUUUUUAAACAAAAUACAGUUUAAAGCCUCACCAUCCUUGCAAAAUAAUACUGAAAUUCAUGAAGAAUCUGGAAGUGCAAGGUGUUCAUUCGAGCUGUCCAUCCCAAGUACAUGGGAGAAAGAAUUAUUUUGUGUCAUGAAAAAAAUCCAUUCAUGUCUUUUUUUUGGUUUUUCCAGCCUUGAUUUAACUCUGCUGCCAUUUGUCUGUUACAAGUCAUACUGGGAGAAGGGGGGCGCUAUUGCAGAUGGCCCUUUUAUUUAAUUAAAAUAUUUUUAAAAGCUGCAUGAAGAGAAGGCAAGUGGUAACACUUAAAAAUGAGCUUGUACGGAACAGAAGUAGAAGUGCCAGAUAGGGGUGGUUGUUUUCUUUCCUUAGAAGAAUAAAGGGCCAUGCCAGUUAAGGGUUGGCUCAUGCGUGUUACUCAUCCGGAGAAAGUUUGCUCAUCUGACGUUUUGCAUUCUUGGUAUGUUUGUGUGGAGGUAUAGAUAUAUAUUCACAUACACACACACCAUUAAUUAGAAUUCCAAGUCUAUUUUAGGGGCAGUAAGACUUUUUUGCCCCUCUGUCUCUUAGAAUAUCAUACUUAGGUGAUUGUGUAAAUAAUGCAAGACAGAAAAUUAGCAAAAGUGUAGCUAAUGACAUGCAUAUCCCAACGUUACCUUGAAAACCCAGUGCCUCUGGAUAUAAUGCUGAAACUGCAGAAUUAGAUUAGCAUGGCUCUCUAUCUUUAGCUUAUAUCAAAUGAGUGGCCUCUCUUACUCUCUCAAAUGCAGUUUAACCCGUCUAUGCAUACAAAUCUCUUUGGGAUUUGAUGCAACAGGAUAAAGGCACAAAUGUGAGCCACUUUUAUACAAUUUUUCUUUGCAUUUUCUCAGCUAAAAUAUCUUCCAUAGCUUGUUUCUGUGUUUUUUUCCUUUGGGGGGGUCAAGAAGCAGAGACAGGAUUCAUCCUGCCA